UCAGGCUGCAACAAUACAAAGAACUUUCAAAAUGCAAGUGGCAAAUAUCCUUUGGAUUGGUCUCUUGACUGUGGUCCUUUCCCAUGGCCUGGAUAUCUGCACAGAUCAAAAGUUUGGCUACAGAGCUGUCGACUCGGAGAAUCCUCAAUCAUAUUAUUUGUGCCUGGGACUUUUGGGCAAGCUAAGAAGUUCUUGCAAUGAGGGAUUUUUGUUUAGUGGUCCAGAACAGAAAUGUGUGCUUGAUAAGCAAUCAAAUGCUGUGGGUUUUCCGAGAGCUGACGGUACUAAUGGUCCCAAAAAUGUAUUCAAUAUCAAUCAAAGUAUUAGCAUGUACAAGCCAAUUAUAUUCAAUAUAUUUGGUUCGUUUUGGAAACCCGCACCACCCGCACCACCCGCACCACCUUCACCACAAGAACCAAUAACAACGACAGCAGCACCAACUGAAGAGUCUACAGAAAAUAGCUCAGAUUCCGAGAGCACUACAGAAAGUUCCGCUUCUUCCACUGCAGCUGAUGGCACUACAGAAAGUUCCUCUUCCUCGACUGUAGAAAUUACUACAGAAAGUUCUUCGUUUUCCACUACAGAUAGUACUACAGAAAUUUCAUCUUCUUCGACUACGGAUAGCACUACAGAAAGUUCCCAAUCAUCAACAACGGAUAGUACUACAGAAAUUUCAUCUUCUUCGACUACGGAUAGCACUACAGAAAGUUCCCAUUCAUCGACAACGGAUAGUACUACAGAAAUUUCAGCUUCUUCGACUACGGAUAGCACUACAGAAAGUUCCCCUUCCUCCACUACAGAUAAUACUACAGAAAUUUCAUCUUCUUCGACUACGGAUAGCACUACAGAAAGUUCCCCUUCCUCCACUAUAGAAAGUUCAUCUACAGCCGCAGAUAGCACCACUGAAAGCAGCACUGAAAGCACCACUGAUAGCACCACUGAAAGCACCACUGAAAACACCACUGAAAGUACCACUGAAAACACCACUGAAAGUACCACUGAAAGCACCACUGAAAGUACCACAGUGUGCCCAUAAGCUAUAUCUAGAUGGUCUAAUUGCUAUUAUUUCCAAUAUACAUGAAAUAAAUCUACAAAAAUUAUACAAA